AUGCACUUUACACAAAAUCUUAAUUGUAAAGGUCGAUCUAGAAAAAUGGGAAAAGCGAAGAAAACAAGAAGGUUUGCCGAGGUUAAACGCUUAUUAAAUCCUAACGAUUCAAGAUUGCCACAAGUAGCCUCUUCUUUAUUCUUUAAACAUAAUACAGCUUUAGGACCACCCUAUCAAAUUUUAGUGGAUACAAAUUUUAUUAAUUUUUCAAUUCAGAAUAAAUUAGAACUUGUACAGGCUAUGAUGGAUUGUCUUUAUGCUAAAUGUAUUCCAUGUAUAACGGAUUGUGUAAUGGCUGAAUUGGAAAAAUUAGGACCGAAAUACAGGAUUGCGCUUCGUGUCGCGCGUGAUUCAAGAUUUGAAAGACUACCUUGUACUCACAAAGGAACAUAUGCUGAUGAUUGUUUGGUACGGCGAGUGAUGCAGCACAAAUGUUAUAUUGUAGCAACGUGUGAUAAAGAUUUAAAACGUCGUAUUCGUAAAAUUCCUG